AUGCACUCACAAAGAGCUUUCCAGCUGGACGGCGAAGUGGCGUUGGUCACUGGCGCCGGGUCUCGAUUACCAGGUGAAAUCGGCAACGGUCGUGCUACAGCUAUCGUGCUCGCAAGGCAAGGUGCCAAGGUGGCUCUAAUAGACUACAAUAUCGAAUGGGCCCAGGAGACGAAGCGCAUGAUUGACGAGGAGGGUGGCGUAUCAGAAAUCAUCCACGCGGACGUCACUGACGAGGAGUCUUGCCGCAAUGCUGUAGCGAAGACCGUUGAACUUUUCGGAACGUUGAACAUUCUGGUGAACAUCGUUGGCGUUGGUGGUGCUAUGGGUGAUGCAACGACUCUUGAUCUGGCAAGCUGGGAAAGGGACUUCCGCAUAAAUGUGACGAGUAUGGUCCUGAUGGCUCGCCAUGCCAUACCAGAAAUGCGCAAGACUGGUCGCGGAGCGAUUGUCAACUUGUCCUCGGUCAGUGGCUUACUGGGCGGAAACCCCAGCUUGCUGUACCCAACUACCAAGGGUGCCAUCAUUCAGAUGACUCGUGCUAUGGCUGCACAACAUGGAAAAGAGGGUAUCACUGUCAAUUGCGUUGCUCCAGGAAUGGUCUUCACCCCAAUGGUAAUGGGCAGAGGUAUGACCGACAAGCUUCGACAAGCUCGGAUCAAUCAAAACCUACUUAAGAAGGAGGGAACUGGCUGGGAUGUCGGCCAUGCAAUUCUGUUCUUGUGCACGAAAGAAGCACGAUGGAUAACUGGUCUGAUCAUGCCCGUAGAUGGUGGCACCACUGCUGGCAAGGCAGAUCGACCAGCGCUCAAAGCAGAUGUCUUGGCACAAGACAUGACUGGCAUUCCAAACGGAAGUGACGGCGUUCACUGA